UAGCUUGACAGUUUCAUUCACAGCCAUUGGAGGCACGAUGAAUGGAUUGCUCUUGCUCACAGCGCUGGCCCUCUGCUGCCUCGUGGUUAGCACCAGGGAGAUAUCUGCAUGCAUCACCACAGAGAGGGACGCACUAGCUGCCUUCAAUGGCAGCAUCAGUGAUCCUGAUGGGAGGUUGCGCUCAUGGCAAGGAGAGAACUGCUGCAACUGGGGCGGUGUGAGCUGCAGCAAGAAGACUGGCCAUGUCGUCAAGUUGGACCUUGGUGAGUACUCUCUCAAAGGCGAGAUCAAUCCAUCUUUGGCCGGUUUGACCAGAUUGGUGCAUCUCAACAUUAGCCAUAGUGAUUUCGGUGGGGUGCCCAUCCCAGAGUUCAUAUGCUCUUUCAAUAUGUUGAAGUAUCUUGAUCUGUCGCAUGCCGGUUUUAGCGGGACGGCUCCUCAGCAACUUGGUAAUUUAUCCAGGCUCAGCUAUCUUGACCUAGGCUCAUUCGGAGGUUCUGCGAUCACUGUUGACAGCUUCCAUUGGGUUUCAAAGCUAACUUUCCUGAGGUAUCUCGACCUCAGUUGGUUGUAUCUUGCUGCUUCGUCGGACUGGCUGCAAGCAGUGAACAUGCUUCCGUUGCUCGAAGUGCUUCGCUUGAACGAUGCCAGUCUUCCAGCCACCGACCUGAAUUCUGUUUCUCAUGUCAACUUCACUGCCCUUAAGCUACUUCAUCUCCAGAGCAAUAACUUGAAUUCUUCCUUGCCGAAUUGGAUCAAGAAGCUAACUGCUCUUUCAGAGCUGGACAUGACUAGCUGCGGACUUUCAGGAAUGAUUCCAGAUGAGCUUGGCAAACUGACAUCACUUGAGCUCAUGAGACUAGGGGACAAUAAGUUGAAAGGAGAAAUACCAAGGUCAGCUAGUAUGUUGUGCAACUUGGUUCAAAUCAAUUUGUCUCAGAACAGGUUGUCAGGAGAUAUCGCAGAAGCAGCAAUGAACCUGUUUCCCUGCAUGAAGUGGUUGCAGAUCCUUGACCUUGCUGGUAACAACUUUAUUGGGAAUCUAUCUGGCUGGCUUGAGGGUAUGCCAAGUUUAAGAGUUCUAGAUCUCAGCGGGAACACGCUAUCUGGAGUUGUGCCAACCAGUAUUGGUAACUUAUCGAGGUUGACAUACUUCGACAUUUCCUUUAAUACAUUUAAUGGCACACUAUCAGAACUCCACUUUGCAAAUUUAUCAAGAUUGGAUAAUUUAGAUUUGGCAUCAAAUUCUCUGAAGAUUGCAUUCAAACAAAGCUGGGUGCCACCCUUUCAGCUGGUAAAUCUAGGGUUGCAUGAUUGCCUACUAGGACCAAAGUUUCCAACAUGGCUGCAAUCACAAACUAGGAUUGAGAUGAUUGAUCUAGGUGGUGCAGGAAUCAGGGGUGCAUUACCUGACUGGAUCUGGAAUUUCUCUUCGUCAAUCACUAGCUUAAAUGUCUCAGCAAACAGCAUCACUGGAAAGUUGCCUGCAAGCUUGGAGCAAUCAAAAAUGCUGACAACUCUGAUCAUGAGGGCUAACCAACUUGAGGGUAGCGUUCCUAUUUUGCCAACUAGUAUUCAGAAGUUGGACCUAUCUCACAACAACUUGUUAGGCUUAUUACCACAGAGGUUUGGAAACAAAGAAUUGUAUUACUUGUCGCUGUCACACAAUUAUAUUAGUGGAGUAAUCACAACUGAUUUAUGCAACAUGAUAUCAGUGGAACUGAUAGACCUAUCUAAUAAUAAUCUUUCAGGGGAGCUUCCCAAUUGUUGGCUUAAGAAUUCGAAACUGCUUGCCAUAGACUUCUCGAGCAAUAACUUCUGGGGAGAAGUACCAGCCACAAGAAUAAUUUGUCAGGAAGCAUACCGAAAUGGAUAGGUGACAAUCUACAAUCUCUUAUACUUGUGAGUUUAGGGUCCAAUGAGUUUUCCGGUGAAAUACCUGAAGAACUGUCCAAACUUCCUGCUCUUCAUUACUUGGAUCUUUCUAACA